AUGGAUAUGAAACAAACGAUUUCUACACAAAUGGAAAGUUACUUGGAUAAAUAUAAUGAAACUAAAGAGAUUGAAUCACCAUGUCAAGAAGUAAAACAACCAAAUAUAAUCAAUGAAGUAAAUGAUUUAACAACUAUUAAAUGUAUACAUUCAAGUUUACAAGAUGAAUUAAACUUAACAUUUUUCAAUCAAAAUCAGUCAUUAAAAAUAAAUCAUAAACAUAUUAAAGCGCCUAAAUUAAAUUAUAAUCACCGAGUGAAAAAUAAACAUUUAAAAAAUCAAUAUUCUAAUCAUGAAAUGAAUCGAAUUUCAAAUGAAUUAUCUUCUACAUCAUUAUCACCUUUACCAAAUGAAUAUAAUUCAUCUUUAUUAACACAAAUUAAACGUCAAUUUAGACAAUUUUGUGAAACAACUUCAUUACGUGGUGUUCCAAGAAUUGUUAGUACAAAAGAUUCAAAACGUCGAUUUUUAUGGCUUAUCUUUGUAAUUUCAUUUUUUAUUGGUUGUAUCACAUGUUUAACAUUUAUUAUUAGUCAAUAUUUAGAAUUUGAUGUAAUUCAUCAACCUAAAAAAUUAUAUGAUCAACCACGUCCAUUUCCAUCUGUAACAUUAUGUAAUCUACGUCCAUUUUCUACACGUGAUAUAAGAAAAUUAAAAAAAGCUGGAGUGUUACCAGUAGAUAUGUAUUUUGAAAUGUUAAAACGUUUUAUGAUCAGUGUACCAAUGGAAUACCGACGUUAUUUAACUAUGCUAUGGGAUUUUUCUACCUAUUUAGCUAAUCUACCUGAUUUAGUUGAUGCAAAUAAUUUAGGUCAUACAUUAGAAGAUAUAGUGAAACGUUGUUUUAUUUUAUAUAAAACAGGUAGUGUAACAAGAGGUACAGCCUGUGAAAAAUCAGGUUAUUGGACUAAAACACAAGAUCGUGUAUUUCAUAACUGUUAUACAUAUACAAUUAAUCCAAAUAAAACAAACACAGCAUUAAACAUGGAACUUGUGGUUUAUUUGGAUAAUUUAAUUGAACAAACUGAUUGCUUUGAUUGUCAAGAAAGAGUCAUGGCAAGUCAGUUAACUGGUGCAAGACUGCUCUUACACCCUGGUGCUUCUUAUCCUCGUGUAGCUGAAGAAGGUGUAAAUUUAAUGCCAGGGACAAUGACUGAUAUACGAUUUACAGUAUAUGAAUGGUCUAUGAUGGAACCACCUCAUGGUAGAUGCAGUAAAAAUACACCACAGUUUAUAUCAUUUAAUAAUGUUAACUAUACUUUUAGCGAAGAAGCAUGUCAUGCACAUAUGGUGCAAGAAAAAGUCGCUUCAAAUUGUCAAUGUUUAACUCAACAUUUACCAAUUCCAACGCAUUUACUUGGAAAAGAUUUAAGAAAAUGUCAAGCAUUCAAACUUCCAGCAACUUAUCAAAUGUUAGAUAACUUUAACGAAUCCAAACAGUUAUAUUUUAAUGAUGAAGCAGUUUCCACUUAUGCUCGAUUUGCAGAGUGUGCAGAAAAAACUGGAACAGCUAUGGAUAGUUAUCAAAUAGGCUGUAGACCAGCCUGUGUUCGAUACACAUACAAACCGAGCAUAACAGCUGCUCAAUGGCCAACCAAAACAUUUCUAACAUGGUUUGUUACAAAAUUUAUAAAAGAAAUGGAAGCAUCCGGUUAUUCACGUUUAAAAUCAACAAAUAAUGAAACAUUAACUAUAUUUAAUGAACGUAUGGAAGAAAUUCGUACACCAUUACAACCUUAUGAAAUAAUUUCUAAUUUAACUAAACAAGGUCAUUUACAAGAAGCAAUUAAAAUGCUUAUGAAUACACAAAUAUUUGAACAAAAUUUUUUAUCUAUUAUAAUAUCACGACCAAAUUUUGAUUUAGAACGUGUUGAAGAAAAAGCUGUUGUAUCAUUAACUUCAUUAUUUAGUCAAAUUGGUGGUUUAUUAAGUAUAUGGAUUGGAUUAACAUUUGUAUGUAUUGUUGAAUUAGUUGAAUUAGGUUUAAAUGUAGCUGAUGCUGUAAUUCAUUAUAAAAAAUUAAAAUCAUAA